CGCGACCCCGAGGAAUUUUAUUUUGAAACUCCUCGCAGGACGUCAUCCUGUUGAAGUCUUCACAGUGGAAGGGGCAUCUCUGUGCAGAGGACUUGGAGGCUGCAGGAACAGAAAAUGGAGACCCUUCUACAGCCAACAUCCUGACAAACUGCAAGCAAGGAUGUCUUGGCCGGCUCUGUACGCUCAGCUGGUCGGUUCCAACCGUCACUCCACCUCCCUGGGGAAGGUCUGGCUCUCGGUUCUGUUCAUUUUCCGAGUCAUGGUGCUGGUCGUAGCUGCGGAGAGCGUCUGGGGAGACGAGCAGUCCGAUUUCACCUGCAACACGCUACAGCCUGGCUGCGAGAACGUCUGCUAUGAUCAGUUCUUCCCAGUGUCCCACAUUCGCCUCUGGAGUCUCCAGCUGGUCUUUGUGUCCACACCGACCCUCCUGGUAUCUAUGUAUGUGGCCUAUCGCAACCACUGCGAUAAGAGACGGCUGCUUCAGAGUUCUGUCCGGGCUACCGUCCUCAACAAGGGACAAGAGGAGGAGCUGGAGACUCUGAAGAAGAGGAGACUUCCGAUAGCCGGCGGCCUUUGGUGGACCUACCUCUGCAGCCUGCUCUUUAAGAUGCUGUUUGAAGGUGGAUUCAUGUACGCCCUGUACGUGGUGUACGACGGUUUCCGGAUGCCACGCCUGGUGCGCUGCGAUCAGUGGCCGUGCCCCAACCUGGUAGACUGCUUUAUCUCCAGGCCCACGGAGAAAACCAUCUUCACUGUUUUCAUGGCCACCGCCUCCUCCGUCUGCAUGGUUCUUAAUUUGGCUGAGCUGGCAUAUCUCGUCGCCAAGGCCAUCAACAGCUAACAACUAACAACAGCUUGCUUUCAACGAAGCCAGGAGGAGAGGAAAACUAGAAGUCCGCCUGUGCCAGGAGAAAGGUGCAGCAGCAUGCAGACAAUCACAGAGACUUUUAACAUUUGUAAAAUGCAGAUAGAUACACUUCAGAAAGCCGACAUCUUCCAUGAGCCCAGAAUUGGUGACCUGCAGCCAUCAUGUGGUGAAGAGGAUUUGAUAAAUACUGGAUUUUUAUGCAGAAUUGUGAGUUUGAGUGCCAAAACAAAAAGAGAAAAAGUUAAGCUAUUGGGCCAUCUAGUGGACAAUAAUAAAACUGCACCACCGAGGGAACGUCCCACAAACUCCCCAGCAUAGUGCAGAGGAAAAUAAAAACACACCCUGAACUUUUUUCCAAGCAAGUAUGUGCCUGUAGGCCCCAUAUCAGUUUUGCUCAGGCUGGGUAUGUAGUAAAUAAGCCUGUACUCACAUCAAGCUUCUUUUUUUCUUUUUUUUUGGCCCACAUCGGUUGACUAAAUACGACUUAUGUUGUCAACAUCAGCUGGGCCUUAAAUCGGUGUCAAGAAAAUCAGAGCAGCACAUCAGGGACUCAUAUGGGUCCCACCUUGUAAACAGAAUUUUCCUUCACCAAAUCUCCGUCUUAGAAUCCUGUGGACAAUCUCAUCUGGACCAAAUUUUUUUUUUUUUUCCGAUGGUACAAGAUAGACCAAAGCAGAGUUGGGCAUAUUUAGGAAAUGUGGAGAAAUGAUGACUUUUUAGAAACCAAAAUGUGAAAAGUGUGUCAUGCAUGUAUUAUCAGUCCCCUUAAUCUGAUACCUCUCAAUAAAAUCAAGCGUAAUCGAUUGCCUUCAGAAGUCCCCUAUAUAGUGUGUGACUGAAUCUUUGAAUAAAAGCAGCUUCUAUGUGAAGGCCUCAGAACAACAUUAAAGAAACGAUAGAGAAGCAGCCAAGAGUACCCCCGUAUCUCUGGGGGAGCUGCAGAGAUUCACAGGACACAUCCUGAGCCACAGAACCUGUUGACAGCGCAGCAGCUAUUAGCGGUGUGCUCCACAUAUUUGGAGUAAGCAAAGAUGAUGAAAGAAAGAUACAAGAUAUCCCCCUUGGAACAAAGGGGGGAAUGCCAAACAGAUGGGAUACGGCCAAGAUGCUAACAGGGUGAUGUGGUACGUUGAGACCAAAGCUGAACUUUUCUGUGCCAGCAG